CCUGGGGAACAAGGGAUGGGAUCUUAGCCACGUUCCAGAAACCCUUCAGACUGUGCUGUGCCCCAGCAGUUGGAGGGACACUGGAGCCAGUUCCUUACUGUCCAGGAAGAGGCCAAGCAGUGUGAUGUGGUUUCCUGGAGCUUGGGAGUUGUGUGGAAAAUCCAAGUUGUUUGGAAUGUUGGAGUUCUCUGAUGUGCUUGUAAGGGGGUUGCUGGGAAGGGAAGGUUUCUCUGCAUUACAGCUGGUUUAGGGGAUGGACUUGGAGUAUUUCAUCCAACAGAAUCUCAACACAAACAGUCCUUGAAAUCGAGGCUUGAAAAUUCUACUCUGAUUUUGGUUUACAUUUUCUGGAUUUCCGCCUCUGCUUGCCAUUUUCCAAGAGCUCAUAAAUUCUAGAGAGCUCCCAGAAUGAGUCCAAUAAAUUCUUCCCCCUUUUUGUCUUGUAAACAACACAGCUGUUUUAAGCUGCCUGAGCCCAUGUGUGUUUGAUGUUCUGGAGAGCUGUUUGGAUGCAGUGCUGUCCCGGGAAGCAGAGGCCUCAGAGUUGUUCUUGCAGGGUUUGGGUGGGAUUUAGGAAGUUGGCAGCACACACACCUGAUCCAGCAUUCCCCUGCUCGCUGGGGCUUGGCAGGACACGGCUCAGUGCCAGGAAGGUAAACACAAAAAACUUGUUCUCUGGAGUUUACCUGCCACAAAAUCCUGAAGGGAGGGGUUUUUUUAGACCAGGCUUAAACAGUGAAUGGAUAUUAAAAACUGUUCUUUGUCAAAUACAGAGCAUUUUCUGAUGUGGGUUUUUUCCAACUGUUGGAUGUAUUUAUAGUGUUGUUCGGUUUAUUCUCUUUUUUUUGCCACUGCUGCUUUUAUCUGCAGCAAUGAGCUGAUUGAUGACAAGCUGAACUGGGGUUUGCAAAUUACAAACAGCUCUGAUUCAAAAUCCUCAGUGCCCUUAGUGACUCCUCAUAAUAGGAAUGUUUCAGCUGUGAGUCACUCUCCCAGAUAACUGACUCUGUGUGCAGGAUCCAAAGCAGUUUGCAGUUUGUAUAUGUGAAAACUUUUGCCAGACUUGUAUGGAAUUUAGUUUCCUGAUGCAGUUUCAUGUGUCAGGAAUGGAUGGUCUGUCUGCCCUUAUAUCUCUAUACCUAAAAGACUUGCAUUUUUCUCUUAAUAGUAUACUCUUAUAUUACACUAGUAUAUCGUUAAUGAUAGCAUAUUGUAGUUUCUUAUCUGUUUAGAACAGGUAGAGACUCUGAAAUUUGGAUACAACACAGGAGAUGGCUUUUUAAUUCAGUUAUGUUUUGUUUGAUCUCUUUUGGAUUAAGUGGGACUGAAGUAAUUUGCUCUGAGUUCAUGCUUUGAAAGGUUUCAUGGGUGGAAGUACCAAAGUGUACUCCAUUUAUAAAUAAAAAAUAAGUCUAUUUAAAGGAGUUUAAUGAGAGGAGAAGGGAAAAGGGGUAGGGUGUUUCUUUCAGGCAGUAACAGCUGAAAUUUGAGACAAUAUGUGUCAACAAAAUAACUGGUAAAAAAUGUCUCCAAGGCAGAAAAUGUGCUGGGUGUGAGUGCUGGGUCGCUGGUGCUGUAGGGACUGCUCCUGAAGUGCUGGUUACCUAAAGAAGAAACAAGGAACUGGGGGAGCCUGACUUGUGAUGCCACCAAAGUAUAAAUUCCUAAAUAUAACACAGGUUGUAAAGCUGUAGGAAGCAGGAAGCCACAGCUGAAGGAGAGUGAGUGGGCCUGGCUCUUACCCUGCAGGUAAGUGUUGCUCUACAGCAAAAUAAUGCUGCUCUUUUUCUGGCCUCAGCCCACUGAGUUUGGGAGAAAAAGCCCCCAGAUCUCACAGUGCUGGCCUGGCAUUUGUUUUCAGCUCUGUUUGGAGCGGGUUGUGUGUUGGGGCUGUUUUUAUGGAACUCUACAACACGCUGCCAAUUUUUAAAUUGACUGUAGAAUAGUUCAGUGUUGUGAUUAUUAAAUAACAUCAGUCCUAGUGCAGCCUUCAGGGCAUUUCUCAGUAUUGAUACUUCUCCCCUCUGCUUUUCCAGGGAGAGAAAGGAAAAGGAAAGGCAGGAAGGCCCCGUUGUUGCCCAGGACAGCAUGGCAGCUUUGUGUGACCUGGAACAGUAGAGCAUUCCUUCAAGAUGUCCACUGUGCACGAAAUUUUAAGCAAGCUCAGCCUUGAAGGAGAUCAUUCUCUGCCCCCCAGUGCCUAUGCCACAGUCAAGGCCUACUCCAACUUCGAUGCAGACCGUGAUGCCGCAGCCCUGGAGACGGCCAUCAAGACCAAAGGUGUGGACGAGGUGACCAUCAUCAACAUCCUGACAAACCGCAGCAACGAGCAGAGGCAGGACAUCGCCUUCGCCUACCAGAGGAGGACCAAAAAGGAGCUUUCUGCAGCGCUCAAGUCUGCUCUGUCAGGUCAUUUGGAGGCGGUGAUCCUGGGCUUGCUGAAGACACCAGCACAGUACGAUGCCUCGGAGCUGAAGGCUGCCAUGAAGGGCCUGGGAACUGAUGAGGACACGCUCAUUGAAAUCAUCUGCUCACGAACAAACCAGGAGCUCAGCGAGAUCAACAGAGUCUACAGGGAAAUGUACAAGACAGAGCUGGAGAAGGACAUCAUAUCAGACACAUCUGGAGACUUCCGCAAGCUCAUGGUUGCCCUGGCCAAGGGCAAAAGGUGUGAAGAUACCUCUGUGAUUGAUUAUGAGCUGAUUGACCAAGAUGCCAGGGACCUCUAUGAUGCUGGUGUGAAGAGAAAGGGAACUGAUGUCCCCAAGUGGAUCAACAUCAUGACUGAAAGAAGUGUCCCCCACCUGCAGAAAGUGUUUGACAGGUACAAGAGCUACAGCCCCUAUGAUAUGCUGGAGAGCAUCAAGAAGGAGGUCAAGGGAGAUUUGGAGAAUGCCUUCCUUAAUCUUGUCCAGUGCAUUCAGAACAAGCAGCUGUAUUUUGCAGACAGACUGUACGAUUCCAUGAAGGGCAAGGGGACCCGAGACAAGGUGCUGAUCAGGAUCAUGGUCUCCCGCUGCGAGGUCGACAUGCUGAAAAUCAAGAGUGAAUUCAAGAGGAAAUAUGGAAAAUCUCUCUAUUACUUCAUCCAGCAAGACACAAAGGGGGAUUACCAGAGGGCCCUGCUGAACCUGUGUGGUGGAGAGGACUGAAAACUGUGAUGGAAGAUGCCCAAAUCCAGAGAAAUGCCUUGUUUCCCCUUCAUUUUACUGUAACCCUAGAAAAAGCUGAGUUGCCUGGCUAGCCUUGGCUUGCCUCCUCCCUGCCAGAGCUCCCUGUGCUGCCCCGCUCUGUGCGUGCCCCUCUCAGCCUGGCUCUGCCUGAGGUGCCAACACCGCAGAGCCAGAGGAGCUGACCUUCCCCACAAACGAGCUCCCACGUGCUUGUGAAAGGCCCUGCCUCUCUGUGCCAUGUUUCUAAUAAAACAGAAGUAAAAAUGGA